GACAGACGCCCCCACUGUUUCCUGUCCUCCUGAGAUACAGCAGGUGGUUGACCAGUAUGCGGAUCUGAUGCAGGAGCCCUUUGGGUUACCCAACCGGCCAACCAAGCAUCACAUUGAGCUGCUGCCUGGAGCGGUCCCUCCCAAGGGCCGCAUCUAUAGGAUGUCCCCUGCUCAGCUUGAGGAGCUCAGACGACAGCUUGAGACCCUGACCAGAAAAGGCUGGAUCAGGCCCAACACUUUUGAAUUCGGCGCUCCAGUCCUCUUUGUCCCAAAAGGGAGUGGCGAGUUCAGAAUGUGCAUCGACUACAGGGGUCUCAACAAGAUCACUAGGAAGAGUACAGAGCCACUUCCUAGGAUCGAUGACCUUCUGGACAUGGUCCAGGGAUGCACCMUUUUCAGCRAAGUCGACCUCAAGUYUKGUUAUCACCAGAUUGAGAUGGCAGAGGAGGAUGUCCACAAGACAACCUUCAAAACCAGAUAUGGUACUUAUGAGUAUCUGGUUAUGCCAUUUGGACUCUGCAAUGCACCUGGCACGUUCCAGACAGAGAUGCACCGCAUCUUCAAGCCUUACCUGGAAAAGUUUAUGGUUGUCUACCUGGAUGAUAUCCUGGUAUUCAGCAAAACUACCAGGGAACAUGCGGAGCACCUGGCUCUGGUUCUUCAGUCAUUACGUGACAGCCAAUAUAAGAUCAACAAAGAGAAGUCCUCUUUUGGAGUUCCCUCUGUGAUCUACCUGGGUCAUGUAAUCUUUGGAGAAGGUCUGGCCCCYGAAGCARCCAAAAUUGCUGGUAUUCAGRACUGGCCACAGCCCCAGAYAGUGAGAGAUGUCUGGUCUUUCUUGGGUCUGGCCUCAUACUACAGAAAGUUCGUCAGGAACUUUUCUACAGUGGCUGCACCCCUGACUAACCUUAAAAAGAAAGACACUCCCUUUCUUUGGUCUCUUCACUGCCAGAUGACCUUUGCACGACUCAAACAGGCCUUGACUCGUGCCCCUGUUCUGAAGCUACCUGACCCCACUUUGCCAUUUGUCCUGACCACUGACGCCAUUCAGUAUGGCAUUGGGGCAGUACUUCAGCAGGAUGAUGGGAAUGGUCUGAGACCUGUCGAGUUCAUGAGUAAGAAGAUCAAGACUCAGAAGCUUCAGGACCAUACCUACGAGAAAGAGCUAUAUGCUCUUUGGUUAAAGUCCCARGGAGAGYUGRAUGACAAGUUGGCUUGCUACAUUCAGUUCAUCGACCUGUUUGACUUUGAACUGAAACACAAGAAGGGCUGCUACAAUAAGGUAGCUGACGCCCUCUCUCGUAGGCCUGAUUCUUUUGCGYUGAUCUCCUCCACUCACUCCUUUGGGGAGGAGGUCCGUCAGAUCAUUACUCGCUUACUGCCUCAGGAUCCGACUUAUGGACCCAUCGUCAAGAAUCUGCAAGCAGAUCCCAAUUCUGAACCWGGCUAUGCUAUGAGUUCAGAUCUGCUGUACACUUACAGCAGAGGAGAGGACCGCUUAUGUAUUCCUGAGGAUUARCAGCUGAGGACACUGCUGAUGUYAGAGUGCCACGAUGCACGUGGACACUUUGGGUUCUUAARGUCGUAUGCAGCCCUGUCGCAGCGCUUCUUCUGGAAGGAGAUGCGGAGUGAUAUGCUGCGCUUUGUGGAAACCUGUGAGCUAUGUCAGAGGAACAAGGUUCAACGGAAACCUCCUCUGGGACUGCUCAAACCUUUGUCCAUACCUGAUGGUCCUGCACAGUCUGUAUCCAUUGAUUUCACAGACUUAGGCAAGACCACCCCUCGUGGCAUGCGUCAGGUUAUGGUCUGCGUUGACAGGUUCUCCAAAUACGCAGAGUCCAUCCCCUUACGAGAGAUAGCGAGGGUCCCUGUUGUGAGAGCAUCCUUCUUUGAGAGGUGGGUCACGCACCAUGGACCGCCCACUUCUAUUGUUAAAGAUCGAGAUCCCCGAUUUUGCAGCGAUGAGUGGCAGUCCUAUUGUAAGGAUUACCUACACUCUCGAUUGGAUAUGACUUCUGGUCGUCAUCUUGAAGCCAAUGGUCAGGCUGAAGUGAUGAACCAGAUCUUGUUCCAAUUGCUGCGUCCUGUCAUCUCACCAGAUCAACAGGACUGGGACCUCCWUCUCGCUCAUGCACAGCUCRUGUAUAACAUGUUUGUCCACUCCUCGACUGGAUUCAGUCCCUAUCGACUACAUUGGGGACGAGAGCCACGUCAGCCUCUCGAUGAUAUCAUCGACAAGGCUAAGACAGACCUGACCCCAGGCACCGCAGAGUUCACCAGACGCUAUCGUCUGGAUGUGGAAAGAGCUCGGGCGAACUUGUUCAAAGCCCAAAAGGCUAUGAUUGAACAAGCUAAUCGCCAUCGCAGACCUUCCCCCAUCCGCACUAGUGAUUAUGUCUGGGUGGCCAGUUCAAAGUUGUCGAGGGAGGAGGAUAUUUCUCCUAAGCCGUUGCCACGAUACCUCGGUCCGUAGCAGGUGUUAGAUACAGUAGGGGCUGAUCCCUUUGGUCCGUCCUACACCAUUGACGUCC